UAAAAAAAAUCAAAGCUGGAAGCUACACCACUCUCGCUCUCGGGUUGUGUUGAGCAUCACGAUCUGAUUGGCUGAGGAGCGCACCAGCUCUGAGUAAAGCAAAGGAUGCCAGUGUGCUCAGGCAGUGCAUGGACGGAUGCAAGCGGGGGGACGACGGCGAUCCCGGGCACACAUUGUUAUGAUGAUGCUUUUAUAGUUUAGAGUAGCCUUGAAACUUUAAAACACUCGUUUCGUCAUUCUGCACAUCUCGGCUGCAGAUUAAGUGUGAUGUUUUGGCUGCAUGUUGUAAAAAACCAUCUCAUUACCAUCGACACAUCCUCUCAGGAGUGAUGGGUUCUAAGUUGACCAGACAGAGAAGUCUCGAUUUUGAAAGCAAAUUGUCCAAGAGGAGACGCCAGCGGGAUGACACCCCGGGAGAAAGCGAGAGAAGUGGAGGCAGAGACUUCUUGUUUACCUCCUUGAUGCUCAAGUCCGACAAGCUCCCAGGGAUGCUGCGGAAAACCAACCACAGCCCGUAUGUCAGACGGGUGGCGUGGAUCCGGGAGAUCCAGAGGCUUCUCCGGGAGCAGAAGAUGGAGCAAGCAGCUGAAGUGCUCAAACUGCUGAGAAAGGAUUUGGGACUCCAGGGAACGUCGCUCAAUGACAUUUUGUACAAGAACGCCGCUUUCCUCAACCUCGUGGACCCCAUUUCACAUGAGCUGCUGCUCAGUCUCGCUCGGGACCUGCAGUGUCCAAAACGGGAGACCGACUCGAUCAAGUCCACCAACAAGAUCUGCCGUCAGCUGAUUUACCACCUGACCCCUCACUCCAAGUGGACAAGACAGAGUGUGCCCAGGAGGAAGUCUCAGGCCUGUCUGAAGACCACUCUGAAGAAGAAGCUGUCUGGUGAUGUGGUCAAUCUGUCAGGCAUCCCACUAUCUGGCAGAGAUGUCCAUCGUGUGGCUUUCUACCUCCAGAGCAGCAGUGAUGCAGUGUCGGCCGUGGACCUGAGCUUCACCGAGCUGCAGGACGAGACCUUACGGCUGCUGCUGCCGUACCUCGGCUGCAUGCCGAAACUGACCAUACUAGCCGUCAACGGCAAUCGCCUGACAUUGGCCAUCUUGAAAGACCUGACAGACGCAGUGAAGGAUCCGAAGAAGUUCCCCAGCCUGGCCUGGGUCGACCUGGGCAACAAUGUGGACAUCUUCACGGUGCCGCAGCCGCUGCUUGUGGCUCUGCGGCGCCGCUUCGGUUUACGUAGCAGCCUCCCCACCAUUUAUGAGUACAGAGAGGCGCAAACAUUCGGUGGCUACAACCCAAACAUGGAGACAUCCGUGGAGGAGCCCAGUCUGUACGAGGAGGGAGAUGGAGAGGAAGAUGAUAGAGAGGAGGAGGAGGACAGGCUGGAGCUCCAAGCCUGGGGCUUUGGAGAAGAAAACAUGUCAAAAAAUGUGCCAGUGCACUUCUGUGGGAGGUGAUCGCCCAGAGCUGCUUUCUUUUAGACUGGCUGCCCCAUAUAUCCAUCAGUCUCACCUCGCCCUAAGUUUCCUGUGUUAGCAGAUGCCAUUGUGGCAGAUGCUUACAGUGACCCACAUGUUUCUGAAAAUAACAUUGACAUAACUAACUGUGUUUUGUGUCCCUCUGGAUGCUCUGACUACUGGAACUCAAUGUGAUGCAGGCAGCUCUGUGGUUGUACAGACACAAAUUUAUUUAUGGAUUGAUUCAGCCUUCGUUUAUCCAGGAGAGGUUGAACUCAACAUGUUUGCUGGUGUUGUUUUCUCACACCUUGAUACUUACCCAUUAAUUGCCACUGUACACUGGAGCAGCUGAGGGUUAAGUGCCUUGCACAAGGGCACCUCAACAGUAGAGGUUGAGGAAAGUGGUGGAGCGAUACUUAUUCACAUUCCCUGAGUACAUUUACCCCGCUGGUUAAAUAUCCCACUUAGGAAAUUAGGUUUUUGCUAUGACGUUUAUGUUCUUAGUCGCAUAAAAUAUGCUUCCAUUUUCUUCUGAUGGGACAAAGCAUUUAUUUGGGAAUUAUUUUAAAAUAAAUGGUGACUUAGGUAAGUAAAUGAAGCUUACUGAAUCCUUUCUGAUUUAAAUUCCCAGCACUGAUGCUUCAGUGUGUUGAUCUACUGAUGCUGCAGCUAUACAAAGCAGAAAAGCCUCAGCUUGAUGCAGACCACACACACACACACACACAGUAUUUGAGCUUCUGAUGAACUGAUUACCGCCUCUAUCAGGCCUUGUUAGACCCCUUCAGGCACAGAUGGUGAGCAGGGGGAAUCUAUUUUUUUCUCUGCAAAUAGGACUAGCCCCAGAAAAUUUCGACCACUGGUGGUUUAUGAUUGAUUCUAUUUAGGAAUCAGACCAUCAAGAAAGAUGCCAACUCUGAUUUUAAAAAAGAAAUCCACAUGAAUUACAAACAGCUCAGCUUGUAACCUUUCUUCUGUGGUGCUGCAGCGUGCACAUGAAUCUUUGUUGUUGCAUGAAUAAACUGCAACACUUUAUUUUCUUUUCAGAUGUGUAGUUUUCAUCCUUUUUUGUAUCGUUUUUAAGAAAUGGGCAUGACUGUUUACUGUAGCGCAACAUCAGAUCCCACAGACAGAGAGCAUGUUUACAUGUACAUUAAUAUUCCAGUUAAUUUGAGAUUGUUUUUUGGGGGGGUAUUUCAUAAAAAUUGCAGCAUGUGAACACAACUGUACAAGCCCACAGUUUAUCCUGCCUACAGAUGUUAAUGUGGUCUCUUCUUUUACCAUGCUAUUAUUCAGGAAAAUUUGUUUAUUUGUGUCUACAGGGAUAUUAAUGAACAGGAUGCUUGGUUUGUCUGUGUGUGUGUGUGUGUAUGUGUGUGUGUGUGUGUGUCUAUGAGAGCAUAAUUAGAGUGUGUGCCUGCAUGCAUGAGUGUGUUGUGGACAUGCCGAGUAAAUUACUACCUUUGAUGGUCGAAAUGAAAUGUUUACUCAUUUGCACUUUAAGGACAACUCCGUCCCUGAAUGCACAAGCUUUGUUUUUAUGGGUUGUUGUUGACAUAAAAACAACUCACUGAGGCACCCACAUCCGAAAAAAAAUGUUUUAUCUCAGCUUCCUGAUUUGAUAGAUUAAUCACCAACAUUCAUACAAAUCAGUUGUAAAUUUACUUCGUUUUUCAGCUCAUUAAACCAUGGUCGGCUUUUAAAGUUAAAGUGAUGUUUGCCUGCUGUUGCUUCGAAAAUAAACAUGAUUUGAGUAACGUUUGAGUUUUGUGGAUAUUUUGCAGUCGGUAAGUUUUAAAGGUGAUGAAUCAUUUUGUGCAACAUUUCAAAACACUGUUAGUGUAAGAUAAUAUCAGUGACAUACAUGGAAGUA